CAUGACCUAUCUAAUAUAUUCUACCAGUGUAAUCUACUUAAACCGCAUGAGGCAACUGUUUACAGCUACCCUGUAUUCAAUACACCUCCAACUUCCUAAUCUCAAUCAUUUCUACAUUAUUUUCAUAUCCACUAAUCUACACUAUGGGAAUAUGCGGUAGGAAAAAAUCUUCAUUGAUCAUCUUCUUUUACAUCCUCAUCUCUGUCUUUGUUCCAUGGCCAAUAGAAUCUUGUCAUCCAGUAGAUAAAACAGCACUGUUAGACUUCAAGAAGAGAGUUACUUCUGAUCCUUCAAACUUAUUGCAAACAUGGACACUUACAACUGAUUGCUGCAAAUCUUGGGAAGGUAUUGCUUGUGAAUCCAAUGGCAGAGUUGUCAAUGUCUCUCGUCCUGGCCUCUCUUCAGGGGACGAUUUCAUUAUCGAUACUUCAAUUUCUGGGACUCUUUCUCCUUCUCUUUCUAAACUCUCUUUUCUUGAAUUGCUUGAUCUUAGUAAUCUAAAGGACUUAACAGGACCAAUUCCACCUGAAUUUGGCAAUUUAUCACGUUUGAUUUACCUAAUUCUUGAUACUAACAAGCUCUCCGGAUCUAUACCUGUUACAUUUAAAAAUCUUGACCAGCUGAAGAAGCUUUAUCUCAGUGAUAAUACUCUUUCUGGUACUAUUCCUUCAAGUAUUUUUGAAAAUUCCUUUUCACUAUCAGAACUUGGUCUUUCAGCAAAUCAGUUUUCAGGGCCAAUACCAUCUUCAAUUGGGAGUAUAUUAUCAUUGACCAAGCUUGAUAUGAGUCAAAAUAAGUUCUCUGGAAGCAUUCCAGAGAGUAUAGGAAGACUCAAAAAUCUUACAUAUGUUGAUUUGUCUGAAAAUAAGUUAUCUGGAAAGCUUCCAAACUCAAUUGGAAACCUUUCCCAAGUGGUUCUAAUGUAUCUGAAUCAAAACCAACUGAAAGGAAAAAUUCCUUCAUCAAUAUCUGGUCUUAGCUCAUUGGUAUUCCUCCGUUUAUCGGAGAACAAGCUGAGUGGCAGUUUGCCACCUUCUAUUGGCAAUCUUCCGAAAAUCCAACGGCUAAUAUUUGAGAACAACAAGCUUAGUGGAAAACUACCUGCAACACUUGGACACCUUGUAACUCUCACUGACAUGUUUUUCGCUAAUAACCUUUUUACAGGCAAAAUCCCAUCAAGUUUUGGCGAUCUACAGAACCUACAGACACUAGAUUUGUCAAAAAAUAAGCUCAGUGGUGAAAUUCCUCAUCAGCUUGUAAAACUAGUGAUGUUACAAACAUUGGAUCUGUCAUUUAAUCCUCUGGGGCUUUCAAAAAUACCAAGUUGGUUCAAGAAACUAAAAGUGUUUCAUCUCAUAUUAGCGAAGACUGGGAUUAAAGGGAAGCUCCCAAGUUGGUUGGCUUCGUCAUCAUUAUCAACACUAGAUUUAUCCAACAAUGGUUUGACAGGAAAAUUACCUAAAUGGAUUGGAAAUAUGACCAGCCUUUCAUUCUUGAAUUUGUCAAACAACGCCUUCCAUUCAUCGAUCCCUGAUGAAUUCAGGAACCUGUCACUGCUGAUGGAUCUUGAUCUUCAAUCCAACAAAUUUUCAGGCAACUUGAAAGCAAUUUUUUCCAAGAAUUUUCAAGACCCCCUUGGCCGCUACAAUUCAAUUAAUCUUGCAUACAACAUGUUCAAUGGACCAUUAGAUGAAAACAGUGGAAAUGAACCUGUCAUGACAUCUAUUGUGUCACUAAGUUUGUCCCACAAUCCAUUGACAGGGCACAUACCGAAAUCACUUGGAAAUUUGACAAGCUUGCAGGAAAUUAAACUAGCCGAGAAUGGGUUAACAGGUGAGAUUCCAACAGAAUUUGGGAAUUGCAAGGAACUAAAAACAAUUUUACUAUCAAAUAACAAAUUGGGAGGUGCCAUACCAGCAGAAGUUCUGAAUUUGAAAGACCUUCAAGAAUUUGAUGUGUCGGGAAAUCGACUAACUGGUAGAAUCCCUCCCCAUAAAGCCAAUAUCCCAAAGUCUGCAUUUUUGGGAAAUCAUGGCUUGUGUGGAGCUCCACUUCCUCCUUGUAAGCACACAUAGUAUCUGCCAAGAGGAAACCUUCAAACACAAUAUUUCCUUUUUCUUUAUUUAUUUUUCAUUUUCGACAUAAUUGUUCGCAUUGUAUUUGUACUCACUCAAAUACAUGAAAAUCAAAAGUUAUUCUGACCACCCCAGGUUUUCUUUUUUCUAUUAAGGACAGAUUCUAAGAGGGCAUUAGGAGCCUGUAAAACAAAUGGAAAGAUGCUAUUGUCCUUUCCCAGUAGGUUCUUUUGUUAACAAGAGUAUUGUAUGAAACAUGAAA